AUGUCUCAUCCCCGCCCGCCCCCGGUGAAAACUUCCCCCGGUAACUUUCCCGGAGCCGGUCCCCCGCUCCCCCCGACGGCAGGGGCACCCCCCGCAUCCCAAGCCCCGUCGGAGUCACUGACGGCGGGGCAGCGGCGCCGGGGGGGAUGUCGUAGGUGCUGCGUCAGCGGGAGCCCGACGGCGAUUGGGGGAGGCCGCGCUCUCCCCGCGUUCACUAAUUAUAAAGUGCCGCCGCCGCCCGCACCCGCCGCUCCGCAGCGGCGCGCCCGGCCCCGGCAGCGGGGGCUCGGCUCGGCUCGGCUCGGCUCGGCUCGGCUCGGCUCGGCUCGGCUCGGCUCGGCGCCCCCAGCCGCGCCCCCUCCGGGGUUUCUUCAGAGGCUGCUCGGCCUCGCUACAAAUAACAGCGGCUCCGACGCCGAGGCUCCAGCAAGGCGCAGCUCCGCCCGAGCAACUCCCGGGAGCCCCGAGAGGAGCCUCCCCAUGGCGUUGCUCCUGAGACUCGGCUGCUCGCUGCUGGCCCUCAGCACCUGCCUGCUCCCCAGGGCGCGGGCGGACUGCGGCCGCGACUGCGCCGCCUGCGCCUACCGCCUGGGACCCCGCGGCGGCAUCCACCCCCUGGCAUGUACACUAGAAUGUGAAGGAAAGCUGCCUUCUGCCAAAGCCUGGGAGACCUGCAAGGAGCUCCUGCAACUGGCAAAGCUGGAUCUUUCUGAGGAUGGCAACGUUGCUCCAGGAGACAAGCAAGAGCUGGAUGAGAACCAUUUGCUUGCAAAGAAGUAUGGAGGCUUCAUGAAAAGAUACGGAGGGUUCAUGAAGAAAAUGGAUGAGCUCUAUCGGGUAGAACCGGAAGAUGAAGCUAAUGGAGGAGAAAUCCUGGCUAAGAGGUAUGGAGGGUUUAUGAAGAAAGACUCAGACGACAAUGCCCUUGCUAAUUCCUCUGAUCUGCUGAAGGAGCUUCUAGGAACAGAGGAUAACCCUGAAGCGGGGCACUACCGAGAGAUAAAUGAAAACACCGGGGAUGUCAGCAAAAGAUAUGGAGGCUUCAUGAGAAGCGUAAAGCGCAGCCCUGAAUUGGAAGAUGAAGCCAAAGAGCUGCAGAAGAGGUACGGUGGUUUCAUGAGAAGAGUGGGCAGGCCAGAAUGGUGGCUGGAUUACCAGAAAAGAUACGGUGGGUUUCUUAAGCGCUUCGCCGACUCCAUUCUCCCUUCAGAAGAAGAUGGGGAAACUUAUUCCAAAGAGGUCCCAGAGAUGGAAAAGAGAUAUGGUGGAUUUAUGAGAUUUUAA